CUGACUGUGCUCCGCAAUGGAGGCCCCAUGUGAGAUAUUAAACCAACCCUGUCUCUUUGAUGGGGCAUAAAACCGACCCGCAGCCUACAUAUACGCUACUACAACAGGAUUCUCUUCCCGCCGUGAAUCACGAGCGUCUUUCUCAAAAGUGCGCUCAGUAGCACCCAUCGCACAAGCUGCUUUUUCACACAUACCGACGAGCAUCAUGACGUCUUCGAGUCAGGAGGCGCAGGGACUCAGCAACGAAGUUCUCCUAGUGUCCGUCCCCAUCCCUGCAAAUGAAGAGUGGAUCGCCAACCUCAAGGCCGCGCAUCCGGGGCUCGAGAUUCGCUGGGUAGUCCGACCAUUGAGCGCCGGCGCGGAACCCCUAUCCGAGGAGAUGUACGACAACGUCAGCCUGCUCUUCACGCUGUGGCCCCAUCCCGCCGAACUGCUACCGAAACUCCGCUUUGUCCAAUUGAUCUCGGCCGGUGCUGACGGAUGGCUCGACCACGACCUGUACAAGAAGUCGGAGAUCACGUUCUGUACGGCCAACGGAGCUCAUUCAUCGCAGAAUGGGUCAUCGGCACUUGGCUCAUGGCGAACCACCAUUUCCUGGCCUAUGGAGACAUGCAGAAAGAGAAAAGGUUCAGUCCUACGUCCCUGUUCGCAUAUGACUCGCCCGGACUCCGCAUGGGCGUCCUGGGGUAUGGGGCGAUCGGCCGGCAGGUCGCCAAGAUCGCGCAGUCCCUGGGGAUGGAGGUCUACGUGUACACACGCAGCGAGAAGCCGACACCGGAAUCCCGCAAGGACGACAGCUACUGUGUCCCGGGCACCGGGGACCCGGACGGCCUCGUGCCCGCCAAGUGGUUCCACGGUUCGUCCAAGGAGGAGUUGAACGAGUUUCUUGCCCAGGACCUCGACAUCCUCGUGUUGAGCCUGCCCCUGACGGGAGCGACCACGCGCAUUCUCGGCCGGGAGCAGUUCGACAUCCUAUCGAAAAAGCAGACGUUCGUCUCCAACAUAUCUCGCGGCAAGCACAUUGACACGGACGCCCUCCUCGACGCGCUGCGCGAAGGCAAGAUCCGGGGCGCGGCCCUUGACGUGACCGACCCCGAGCCCCUACCGGACGGACAUCCGCUCUUCUCGGCGCCCAACGUCUUUACCACGCCGCAUAUCAGCUGGCAGACGCCCCAACUAUUUCCCCGCGUCGUCAGCAUGCUGGAGAGGAACUUGGAGAACCUGGCGACGGGGAAGCCGCUCAUCAACGUGGUGAAUCGCAAAUACAACUACUGAGAGAGCGCCGCGGCCCAUGAUGCGGCACAUGCCGUUGGGGGGGAUCGUCGCCAAUGACGGGGCGCACCUGGGGAAGGCUUGCACAGAGAGCUGGAGUCGGCGGGAUGGUAAUUAACAGGCAUCGCUGGUGGGGAAGACGAUCGGUUAAUUAGUGGAGGAACAGUUUCCUAGAGGGAGGGAGACUUCAACGACAUAUUAGACUUGGCUAUGACACGAACAAACGCGCCGUGCCUCUUUUACCAAAAUACUUCAUCUCCC